AUGCAACAAUCACAACAGCAAAGACCUGAACAUCCUGCAACAUUUAACGAAUUGCUAAUUAAUGAAGUUAGAGCCCACCCUCAACUUUACAAUCAACAGCACCGUGUUUGCACUGAUAAUGGAGAGAGGAACGUUAUUUGGGAGGUUAUUGCCCAAAGAAUUGACGAAACUGUAAACGGCGAAUUUGCGAAAAAACGUUGGCUUCAAAUGCGCGAUCGUUAUAGAAAGGAGUUGAAGAUGGCACUUCGAACCUCUGUUCAACCGAAAUGGCCAUAUUUUGCUAAACUUUCGUGGCUCGAUCCUUAUUUGAAAGGAGCAAAGAAAGUGGAUUCUGCGUCUAAUUCGCCGUUAGGACAACAAAACAAUUUAAUUGCUGAGUUUGGGAUCGCUUCUAAGCAACAGGAUUUUAAUGGACUGAAUGGAAUUUUUGGCGGGACCGAAAAUAAUAAUGAUCACCAACUCCAAUUCCCUUCACCAACCGUUAAUCUGUUAGAAACAUUGAUGGCAGCAAGUCGAGAAUUUUUAGAGAGACAACAACGAGAAAAACAAGAAAAUGUCUCUACAAGUUCAGCAAUUUCUAAUAAUGAUUUGAAUAUUCAACAAUUACAUAAUGAUUUAUUAUCUGAUAAUGCUACAAUUGCCUCCUCUUCAGCAAACAGUGAUGAGAGUAUUGGAGAUCAACAAAAUAAUAAUAGUUAUUUAAAUGAUGGAAAUGAGGAUAUUGAAGGGAUUGGGCUGGCUGGAGGUGAAAAUACUGAUUUUGCUAAUAUUCGAAAUGUUAAUGGUAAUAAUGGAGAGGCAACAGAUAAGGUAAGAAAAAUAUUUUUUAUGUCAUUUAACAAGUACAUAAAUAACGGCAAGGCAUUAAAUUCUCUGCACUGUCUGUGAAU